AUGGCAGUGAAUGCUGUGAAGCGUAUCAUCGACCCCACUCGCGACACUUCUGUGAAUUUGAAAAUGAUCAAGAUAAUUAAGAAGAUGGGAGAUACCGUGGAGGAGUCUGAAAUGAUUGAUGGAGCUCUGAUUGAUCAAAAGACCAUGGGACGUGGAGGGCCAACUCGCGUGGAAAAAGCUAAAAUUGGCCUAAUUCAAAUGGAGAACCAGGUAAUAAUCUCUGAUUAUACGCAAAUGGAUCGUGCUCUCAAGGAAGAACGCCAGUAUUUGCUUGAUUUGUGCAAGCAAAUUAAGAAGGCCGGGUGCAAUGUUCUAUUAAUUCAGAAGAGCAUCCUCAGGGACGCUGUUAAUGAACUAUCACUACAUUUCCUCGCUAAAAUGAAAAUCAUGGUGAUAAAGGAUAUUGAGCGCGAAGACAUCGAGUUCUACUCAAAGGUUUGUUUACGUAUUCCUUAUUGA